AUGAUCUUUAACAGGGGUUUAGAAUACAGGUGUGGUUUAAGUAAAUCAAUAGAUAGUUUUGGUCCUAUUGGAAAUAACGUAAAUGAAGACCCAUCUAGUUUAACUGAUAUGGAUAAUAACAUUGAUAACUGGAAGAACAAUAGUGAAAAUUCUUGUUAUAGUCAUGCUGAUUCUUUAGCAGAUGUCACGAACAUAGAUAAUUUACUAUCUCAUAAAAAAAAUUCAAUUAGGGACAGUAAUAGCAACAUAUAUGACAUAUAUUAUGCUUAUGAUACUAAUGAUACUAUUGAAUUGGAUUCGGAAGAAGAAUCUUUGAAAGAUCGUCUGGAUGAAGACAUGCUUUCUCCGGAUCCCAUUGAAUUGGAUUCGGAAGAAGAAUCUUCAAAAGAUCGUGUGGAUUCGGAAGAGGAAGAAGAGGAAAAAGACCAAUCUUAUAUCGACCGUCUUGAUUCUUAUCAAGAAAAGACAGGAUUACCGGAGACGGUUCAAACAGGCACAGAUCAACGUGAGGAAAUCAAUCGGUUGUUCAAAGAUAUUAUGAAUAAACUUGACUUGUAUUUGCAAACUGCGAAAAAUCGUGUGGAUUCGGAAGAGGAAGAAGAGGAAAAAGACCAAUCUUAUAUCAAUCGUCUUGAUUCUUAUCAAGAAAAGACAGGAUUACCGGCGGCGGUUCAAACAGGCACAGGUCAACUAAAUGGUAUUCCUUUAGCACUAGUUGUUAUGGAUUCUGAGUUUAUAGCGGGUAGUAUGGGAUACGUAGUGGGUGAGAAAAUCACUCGGUUGAUCGAAUAUGCUACCAAUCUACUUUUACCUCUUAUUAUAGUAUGUGCGUCCGGAGGAGCGCGUAUGCAAGAAGGAAGUUUGAGCUUAAUGCAAAUGGCUAAAAUUUCUUCUGCCUUAUAUAAUUAUCAAAUCAAUCAAAAGUUAUUCUAUGUAGCGAUACUUACAUCUCCGUCUACUAGUGGGGUAACAUCUAGUUUUGGGAUGUUGGGGGAUAUCAUUAUUGUCGAACCUAAUGCAACCAUUGCAUUUGCGGGUAAAAGAGUAAUUGAACAAUUGUUGAAUAAGGAAGUGCCUGAAGGUUCCCAAUCGGCUGACCUUUUAUUCGACAAGGGCUUAUUGGAUGCAGUCGUACCACGUCAUCUUUUAAAGGAGUUUUUAACUGAGUUAUUUCAGUUCCAUGGUUUCGCUCCUUUGACUUAAAAUUGGACUAAAAAUGAAAACUAAUGCAGACAUUUUAUUUAUGUUUUUCAAAUUUGAUGACGAGAUCCAAUCCGAGUAGAUAAGAGGCUAUGGCUAUGAUACAAAAAUAAAAUUAGAACACACAAGAGUAAAGUAAUAAGAUAAGAAUAAAAAAUAAUAGGUAUAAA